CUGGAUGUCAUUUGACUGAAGGUCGUGCCCGUGUUCCAACUGUCGCUGAAGUUACAUCAACGUAUGGUCGAAAUCAUGUCAAAGUCACAAGCAACAACAAAAAGUAUAAUGAUAGAUAACGGACAAAAUCAUUGUGAAGGGUAGAACUUUUCACCUAACUGAAAAGAUAGAGUUUAUUAUUUCAUUAUUUCAUUGAUGGUUAUCGCUUCAUGUACGUAGGUCGGUGGAGUCCCAGAAUUGGCUGCUUACUCCUCGUGUAAUGCUGCCUGUCGUCGUAUAAGUGAAAUAUUUUUGAGUACGGCGUGAAACACCAAUCAGAUAUUCUCAUGAUGGAACAGUGUAAUGUUAGAGAUAGUCCGCUGACCGUAUUGCUGAUUGCAGUGCGUAAAAUAAACAUCAUUAAGUGCUGAAGAAAGCCUUUCAGAAUGCCACUAACAUGUAUAAAACAUACUUGCUCACUCAAACUGCAGAAAGCAGGGCCAACAUGUACUUCCGAGACCUCUGGAAUCGUAAAGAAUGUCACGGUUUUGCACACUUUCAUCACAUUUUGACUACAAGGUUGAGGGCUUUGUAACGUACACCAUGAACACGAAAGUGGCAAGCGUACCAGUGUCUGGAACGCAAAGAAAUUAAUUUCUCCCAGGUAUCACGCUGCAUUUAACUCUUCAGAAUCCUUAAGUUUCACUUAAACAUUGGAGAUUUCUGACAGAAUCUCUUACCAUUUGUGUUUACUGCCAAACUUUUUGACGCCUGGAGACCCAGUUACGUACGACCUUAAAGUGGCUAUACAGGACAGUUUUGGCCCAAAAAAAAAAAAUCGAACAACACAAAUGCGAUCGAAAUUUUGCUAUUUUAGAAGCCCAAAUAGGCCUAAUUACUUUUCCCGUAAUAUCUGCAUAGUCUGUGCACGUUACUAUUUAAAAUCGGUAUUAAAGUUCCUAAAAUUCAAAAAGUGAUAACUUUUCCAUCAGAAAUGAGUGAUAACUGCAGUAAGGCAAUUGUUGGAGUUGUGCUAAAUAAUUGCAUAAAAUUUGAUUUGAUGCGAAUAUGGAUUCCUUAAAAAAUCUGUAGCACAGCCUCUUUAAAAUGACAGGUAAAAGUUGAACCAUGCAUUUAAAGUGUCGACAGGUACUUCCAGAGUUUGGAAGACCCAUUUGAAGGGAGAUGUUAAGAUACCUAGCAGCCACAUAUACAUGUACCUAUAUUUCUAUUUUUAUAUUCCCCUGCUGCCAUUGGUUGGGACCAUAGAUUACCACUCACGAUUUUGUCAGUCCUUUACGAAACCGGUUUCUGGUUUUUCAUAACGCCUAAAUUGGAACUUGGUUCUUGGCUUGUAUUCAUUUUAGAUGUUUCGAACUAUGACAGUUUUAUUUAUUUAUAUAUUUAUUUGAUUUGUGUUUUACACCAUACUCAAGAAAAUUGCACCUAUACUACAGUAGCAAGCAUUAUGGUAGGGAGAAACCCACAAUCACCCGCAGAUUGCUGGUAGACCUUCCGACGUACGGCAAAACUUUUUAAGAACGGAUCAUAUUUAUUUAUUUAUUUAGUCUUCCAUUUUUGACAUAAUUACGUCCGUUUUUGUCCUGUUCUAUAAAACUACCACAAGAAUUUAUUGAUUAUUCGUGUACCUAACUGCUUAUUGAUUCAGUUACUGUGCACCUCGAUCGUCGGUUUGACCCAAAACACUCUAGUUUUACGCAUCAAUGGACAACAUAUUGUAUUCAAUUGUAUCAUUCAGCUUUUUUUUUUUUGGUAUCGCAUUACCUACACGCAUGAGCACAAAUUUAGGUCAAGUCGUGUGUACGCAGUAAUGUCCUCACUUCUGUACAUUGCCGAUGAGCCAGUAACACACUUCCGUGCUUGCUAAAUAAUCUGUGACUCGCACCAAACACAAGUAAACUUGGAUCUGUCAAGACUCGAAUUCUUUCUAAACAUCGGACUACUAUAGCAGCGGUGGAAUCUAUUACUGACGUCGUUUUUCCCUAUACCUGCAGCACAGUCAAGCAGUGUGAUGCGCUACGGCAAGUAAUGUGAUGAAGUGGCUGUCCAGUUCAUGAGCGAAACCAUGGCGACCUUGCCUCCACGCCAACCACGCUUAACUGCUGCACGCGAAAUUGUGGAAUAUCCGGAGUCUGUUUCCGGAUGGCUGAGAAGAUUGGGUAAAGUGGAGAGAAUCUUGUCCCCUGUCGUCCUUAAACUGCUGAAAAUAAAAUGGAGACAGAGAUUCAUAGUGUUGGCAGACGGAUAUUUGUACAUGUUUAAAGAUGAGACCUCAUCAACGCCGUUACAUUCCUCAUGUCUGGUUGGGUAUUUUGCGGUCGUGCGGGCUAUGAAUGAUCCAGAGGUGUCUAUGGUACCCUGGUGUUUUAAGCUAGAACCUCAUGAAUCCAGUAAGAUACACUACUUCGCCUGCACUUGCCAGAAAGACAUGGAGAAGUGGAUGUGGAGGUUCAAACGGGAGAUCAUGAAGGCUCACAAAAUGCCAAUAAGCAGUACUGACAGAUUUGAGUCUGGAGAUUACAUAUUCCUAGAAGCUCCAAUCAUGUCCCAGGGGCAAACUGAGAUGCCGAUGACUGGACUUCAGCGAGGUCCUGCAUCUCUGUCCGACUCCAAUGGUUAUGAUACGGACGACAUGGAUGAAGAUUACUUUGAAAUUGAUGACAACAGCCGUGACAAAUCUGUAGGAGCCAGGAGUUUACCUUUACCAGAGAUUCCCAAACCAAGUCAUCCUCGUUGCCAAAAAGCUAAUCCCAAAGGAAAACACCACAAGGAGACGAAUGGGCCCACUGCCAGAUCUCCGAUCAGUUAUAAUCCCCGUGGCGUGAGAGAAACAAAGGAGGCUUCAUCUGGAAGCUUUAUGUUUGACAGCAGUGAUAAAAAAGCUGCCGCAAGACUCCUGGAGAAAGCCAAAAAACCGGGCAUCUAUUUAGUUAGACCGUCCCGCAGGUGUGAGAACCAAGAGGUCCUUGCCGUGAGCACAGCCUACGGAGUGAAGGAAUAUCAGAUAUUUAAUGUGGACAACAAGAAAUCGUUGGACAAAUGUGCUCAGUUUGACACCGUUGAAGAACUGGUUACGUUCUACAGAAGGAACAAUUUACCUACACAUCCUAUCAAACUCAGUCAGAGUUACAGUUUGGUAGACCUCACUGCCGAAUGACAUCGUCCUUUGAUUAACGCACAGACAAGCUCUUCGACUAGCACUGUUUCAGAUUUCUCUGCACAUUAUUGGGAAUUUCAGUCCUAAAACAUAUAGACAGUGGUAUAUGUGACGACUUCACAUGCUACCAAAGAAAAGAUAUCUAAUGUGAGAAAAGGGAUGUCUUUUAUGAUUCAUUAAAACUAUGGAUAUACAGUUGACGUUGGUGUCUAACGAUUCAAAUGCCGAAUUUAACUAUAGUACAGUUUAUAGCGCUGUUUGGUGUCAGUCGCUGACUUCAUGAUGCAACAUUAGCCGAUCUAGGCAACAAUUUUCACUUACUAAAACAUUAUCAUUCAAUUUGAUAUAUGUGUAUUGUGUUAUACCUGCAUGGAAAUAAAGCAAUAAAUUUUACGCUAUCUGAUUAAGGUAUAUUGCUAGAUAUGCAACAUGAUCGUCUGAUAUACAAUCCCAUAUGCAACAUGACAUUCCCGCGUUGCGUGGUGAUUUUAGCUCAGAAAUGGGCGGAAAUGCUUGUGUUUGUUGUUGCUGAUCCACGUAGACAUUUUUGAAAUGCCCAUGCAUGUGUCACAGAUUGUAACCAAAUAUAGGUUAAUUUUUCU